GCAGAGCACCGGCGAAACGCGAAACGCUGUAUAAAAUCUACGUGAGGCCAACGCAUAGGAUUAGUCAGGGUUCUGAUUUCAGACGGUGUGAAACGGUGUGCUUUUCCUGCAAGAUGGCUAAAUUAGUGUUGAUCGUUAUGGCUCUCUGCCUUGUGCAGGUUUCAAUCGCACGUAGUAUCAGAGAGGCACCAGUGGAAGACACUUCCCUGCUGAAGACAUUGACCGAUUUUGGAACUAAGGUUCAGCAGGCAUUCACCGAGACUCAGCAGACCGUUCUGAAAUCACUUGGAUUCCAGACAAACGAAGAGGUGCUGGAAACAAUCCAGAAAAACACUAAUAAGUAUGUUGAACAGCUCAAGUCCAUUCAAACGACCCUGGAAGGAGAAGCAAAGAAACACUCGGAAACACUUCUCGAUCCGAUUGUUAAGGAUUUGAACGCAAAGAUCGCAGAAGCUACGAAUAAACUGAGCGAACAGAAUCCGGAGGUAGUCCAGAAGGCCAAAGAAUACCAGGCGUCCGUUCAGACUAACAUCGAGUCAGUGUUGAGUGAAGCUCAGAAGACUGGUGAGCGCCUGAAAGAAGAAGGUCGUGGUGUAAGUGAACAGAUCCAGACCGCUCUGAAACAGUUGUACGAUGUUUCCAUUCAGACGUUGCAGAAGACAACACAGGAGCUCGAAGCAGCCAAGCAGUAGAGUAGUGUUUCCAAUAUUGUGUAUAAAUAUCAUAAGAAAGGUGAAACUGAUUAGUAUCAAUAAAAGAUUCAACUGAUCAAUCAGUAGACAACAUUGCA